CAUAUUGAAAAAUGAAAAAUAUCAGUUUAUCGAUGGGCGAUGAAUGAUGAUGUGAAGUCAAAGCGAUGAGCAAGUGAUUGUGUUAUUAGUUAUAUUACAUGUGUAAUUAGUUAAAAUGGCUGGAAAUUUUGGAAUGCAACAGCUUAUACCCAUUGUAAACAAAUUGCAAGAUGCGUUUGUUACAAUGGGUGUACAUAUGUCGUUAGACCUACCACAAAUUGCAGUUGUGGGUGGUCAAUCGGCAGGGAAAAGUUCUGUACUAGAAAAUUUUGUCGGCAGAGAUUUUUUGCCUAGAGGAUCUGGUAUUGUCACUAGAAGACCUCUGAUUCUGCAACUAAUACAUGGAAAUGCAGAAUAUGCUGAGUUCUUGCAUUGCAAGGGCAAGAAAUUUGUAGACUUCAAUGAAGUCCGAGCUGAAAUUGAGGCAGAGACUGAUCGGAUCACAGGAUCAAACAAAGGGAUAUCACCUGUGCCUAUUAACUUACGAGUGUACUCACCUAAUGUUCUCAACCUGACAUUAAUAGAUCUGCCCGGGCUUACAAAGGUGCCCAUUGGAGACCAGCCUAUCGACAUAGAGCAGCAAAUUAAAGCCAUGAUAUUCCAGUUCAUCAAACGAGAGAGCUGUCUUAUUCUAGCUGUGACCCCAGCCAACACUGACUUGGCGAACAGCGAUGCCCUCAAACUUGCCAAAGAAGUGGACCCUCAAGGUCUGCGCACAAUCGGUGUAAUAACGAAGCUGGAUCUCAUGGACGAAGGAACCGACGCCAGAGAUGUCCUUGAAAACAAGUUGCUGCCUCUUCGUCGUGGAUACAUCGGUGUCGUUAACCGCUCGCAGAAGGACAUCGAAGGCCGAAAGGAUAUUUCUGCCGCAUUGGCAGCAGAAAGGAAGUUCUUCCUUAGUCACCCAUCAUAUCGCCACCUGGCAGAUCGUCUGGGAACACCUUACCUCCAGCGGGUUCUUAACCAGCAGUUAACUAAUCACAUUCGUGACACUCUACCCGGCCUUCGGGACAAGUUGCAGAAGCAAUUACUAGCUUUGGAAAAGGAUGUCGAACAGUACAAGCAUUUCAGACCUGAUGACCCGUCUAUCAAGACUAAGGCCAUGCUGCAAAUGAUCCAGCAACUUCAGACCGACUUCGAGAGAACUAUAGAAGGUUCGGGUUCAGCUCAGAUCAAUACAAAUGAGUUAUCUGGUGGUGCCAAGAUUAACCGUCUCUUCCACGAGCGGUUUCCCUUUGAGAUUGUCAAAAUGGAAUUCGAUGAGAAGGAGUUGCGUAGGGAGAUAGCAUUUGCCAUAAGAAAUAUUCAUGGUAUCAGGGUGGGUCUAUUUACCCCAGAUAUGGCAUUCGAGGCGAUUGUGAAGAAACAAAUCUCUCGAUUGAAGGAGCCCUCACUCAAGUGUGUGGAUUUGGUCGUACAGGAAUUGUCUAAUGUCGUCCGCGUUUGUACUGAGAGGAUGUCUCGUUACCCGCGUCUCCGUGAAGAGACCGAACGUAUAAUAAUGUCCCACGUCCGAUCUCGCGAACAACAAUGCAAAGAUCAACUUGUCCUACUUAUCGAUUGUGAGCUGGCUUACAUGAACACCAAUCAUGAGGACUUUAUUGGAUUUGCCAACCUGCAUGACCACGGCGCACAAAAUCAAUCUGAGAAUGCGGCAAAGUCGGGUCACCGGGCGCUCGGUAAUCAGGUUAUUAGGAAAGGAUACAUGUGUAUACACAAUUUGGGAAUUAUGAAAGGUGGUUCCCGUGACUACUGGUUUGUUCUUACAUCGGAAAGCAUCUCCUGGUUCAAAGAUGAGGAGGAACGCGAGAAGAAGUACAUGCUUCCGCUGGACGGACUCAAGCUGAGAGACCUGGAGCAAGGUUUCAUGUCCCGGCGACACAUGUUCGCCCUCUUCAACCCUGAAGGAAGGAAUGUUUACAAGGAUUAUAAACAACUCGAGUUAUCGUGUGAAACGCAAGAUGAUGUAGACUCUUGGAAGGCGUCUUUCCUCAGAGCUGGUGUCUACCCGGAGAAGACCUCGGAAGCGGCUAACGGGGAUGAGUUUAUUCUGCCUUACCCGGGUCGAAAAGAAAAUAAUUCAGAUUCGAGUGGUACAAGCAGCAUGGACCCUCAAUUGGAGAGACAAGUGGAGACAAUCAGGAACCUGGUUGAUUCCUACAUGCGUAUAGUGACAAAGACGACCAGGGAUCUCGUGCCGAAGACAAUCAUGAUGAUGAUCAUUAAUAAUGCCAAAGACUUCAUCAAUGGGGAGCUGCUCGCACAUUUGUAUGCGUCUGGUGACCAGUCACAAAUGAUGGAAGAAUCCCCCGAAGAGGCCCUGAAACGAGAGGAGAUGCUGCGUAUGUACCACGCGUGCAAGGAAGCAUUACGGAUCAUUGGGGACGUUUCUAUGGCAACUGUGAGCACACCUGUUCCUCCACCCGUCAAGAACGACUGGUUAGAGAGCAGAUUGGACUCCAACCCGCGGCUUUCACCUCCAUCGCCAGGUGGACCCAGGCGUUCUGCGCCGCAGCAACAGAGUUCGUUAGGCCAGCGUGGCGCUCCGCCCCCGCCGGCUGGAGGCACGGGUAGGCCUGCGCCACCUCUGCCUUCUCGGCCCGGAGGCGCCGCCCCACCGCCACCUGGUGGCCGCCCCGCUCCAGGGGGUGGCUUGCCCGCACCACUUAUUCCCACGCGUCCGGGGAGCGCGGCAGGCGUCGCCAUGGGCGCCAUGAAUCAAAUGCCGCCACACAUGCGCCAGCAAAUCAACCAAGCAGUGGGACAAGCCGUCACCAAUGCCGCUAUCAGCGAAUUGAGUUCAGCCUUCGCGAAAUUCAACCGUCCAGUGCCGAACCUGCCGCCAAAGCUGCCUGAGCGACCGCAGAAUGGGCGGCCAUAUUGAAAAUAGCUUCGCCGCCAUCUUGUGAAUGAAAUGUAAAUAAGAUGUCGUCUGUACAUUGCUUUUGCGUAGCAUUAUUACGGUUAUAAAAUAAUUAAUGUAUAAAAAGUGUUUAAAUUAAUAAAAUAUAUGUAAAAAUAUUAAUAUGGAUAAAGUAUUAUAGUUCUAUUGACAAUAAAAUGAAUAGUGUUAAAUGUAUGUGCGUAAUGGAGUAUUAUUUCAUUCAAUGAUUUUAAUAAUUGACUGCGAAAUUUUUUAUAAGUUUGUUACGUAUGAAAAAUAGAGAUUAGAUUCAACGAAGUGUUACCAUAAAUUUGUCUAAGAAUGCCGUUCAUAUAAUGGCAGCGUGGCAUUUAAUUAAAUUUCUUGUGUCCUGAAUAUUGAGAUGCCUAUAUUUAUAAAUUAUUUUCACAUAUGUAUUUUUUUAAAUUUUAUUAUUCGAUAAGCCCUUUUUGAAUAUUUUUUAUCGCUGUUAAAUUAUUUAAUCUAGUCAAUAAUUUAUAUUUUCAAUAUACAUACAUUCCCUUUCUCAUAUUCAGGCUACAAGAUUUGUAUAUAUAGGUAUGUAUCAGUUUUAUGUGUACAAUGUAUACGUGUAAUAAAUGUGUAUAUAACA